AAUAAGCCACGUCAUAGGAUGACGAAUUUAAUGGCUGCCUGAGGCGCAUGGGUCGCUGAUUUCUGAGGGUUGCCGAAUUUAAUGGAGGAUCGAAGACGGAAGCCAAUGAAGAAGAAGGCCCUGUGAUUUUGCGAUCUGCGACAGUGGUGGACUGACAAUUGGAGCAGAGCUCUGCUCUUUGUUAUUGUAGGUGUGGGUGAAGGCCCUGUUCUUGCACCAACUCAGGAAGACUUGUUGAGUUGACUCGAUGCGGUCCAUUUGCUAGCUGUGACAACAUGCCACUGGCACUCUCCUCAGAGGACACCAUCAAUGGGAAGAGGUAUGGUGCUACCUAUCUCUAGAAGGAAAUAGAUAAUAUCUUCAUUUCUGGAUGUCCUGAUUUCGUAGCAUAGUUAGGACUUAUUUUUGUGUCUUGGGUGAAAAACUGCCAACAUUGAGGUCUCUCGCAAGGUUAUUAUUGAAGGCCAUUUAAGAACAGUAUGGCUUCAGUGAAUUAUAGCUGUGGGUAUGUAACACAUGCGUACAAUGAGUUUUGGAGUAUUGCCUCUAGGCUAAACUUUUUUUUUUUUGCCCAUGUUGGAUGAGAAACAAAUGUUAUUGCCAUGGUAUGUAUGGCUGUGGGCAUAGCUGAGCUCCUUCUUUUGGGAAAUCAUUCCCUUUUAUCUAUAUCUGUUGACUGUUGUGUUUGACACCUUAACAGACAAGCAAGUGGAGGCCUUUGGCUCUGUCCGGAAAUGGAUCGCAAACCUCCCAGAAAUUCCUUUAGCCUGCAGGAAAAAGGAAACCAAAACUAUUGAGAAGAGGAAUUGUACAAUACUCUGACAGAUUCAACAUCCACACAUCCACAGUGUUGAGCAGGGCAUAAUUGCAGUUUGGGGGCUACUUCCUCAUACAAAUACAAAUGGAGAAGCUCAACCUGGUGAACAGUGUGCUAUUUACUGGUAGAUGGGCUAAAACUGGUUUAUACUAUGAGACUGUGCAGGAGAUUUUCAAGAUGGUUCACCACAAUGCUUACCACGAAGAUCCUUAUGCAAAGGAGUUUGGCAUCAAAAUCAGUGAGAAACUUGCUUCGGUUGAAGCACGCAUUUUACCUGCACCUUGGCUUAAAUACCAUGACACUGGUAGAGAAAAGGAUUGCUUGCCCCAAGUUGGUCAAUGGAAUAUGAUGAACAAGGUUUGUUUUCCGGGCCAAUUGCAACUAUUCAAGUUCCAACUAUCAACAUUUGCAAGUAACAAGCCAUAUAUGUGAACAUGGCACACGUACAAGAUCCAAGCUGAUCAUCAAAUGAGACCCACGAUCUUGUUAAUAUGAAAAUGGGGAGAGGGAUAACCU